CAGAGCUGUGGUCAUCCAUGGGUUUGUAGAAGAGCUUGUGGUCAAUGAAGACCCAGAGUAUCAAUGGAUUGACCGCAUCCGCACACCAAGGGCAUCCAAUGAGGCCAGACAGAGACUGAUUUCUUUGAUGUCAGGUGAAUUACAGAGAAAGAUUGGCUUGAAGGUCCUUGAGAUGAGAGGCAAUGCAGUCGUUGGGUAUUUGCAGUGCUUUGAUCUGGAAGGCGAGUCUGGGUUAGUGGUGCGAGCCAUAGGAACCGCGUGUACUCUGGAUAAAUUAAGUAGCCCAGCAGCAUUCCUUCCUGCAUGUAAUUCCCCAUCCAGAGAAAUGAAGGAGAGUCCCUUCAAUGAAGAUCCCAACCCCAAUCCUCACUCAUCAGGACCCUCCACCCCUCUGAAAAACCAAACUUAUUCCUUUUCACCUUCCAAGUCCUACAGUCGACAGUCCUCUUCUUCUGACACAGAUUUGAGUUUGACACCCAAGACUGGAAUGGGAAGUGGGAGUGCUGGCAAAGAAGGGGGGCCCUUUAAAGCUCUUCUGCGGCAACAGACUCAGUCGGCAUUGGAACAGCGGGAAUUCCCCUUCCUCACCCUGACGGCCUUCCCUCCUGGGCUCCUCGUACAUGUCGGUGGCGUCGUUAGUGCACGCUCUGUGAAACUUUUAGACCGGAUCCACAAUCCUGAUGAACCAGAAACUCGAGAUGCAUGGUGGGCAGAAAUCAGACAAGAGAUAAAGUCACAUGCUAAAGCCUUAGGCUGCCAUGCUGUAGUGGGCUACAGCGAGUCAACCAGCAUCUGUGAAGAAGUCUGUAUUUUAUCAGCCUCUGGCACGGCAGCUGUACUGAACCCUCGGUUUCUGCAAGAAGGCACUGUGGAGGGCUCUUUGGAACAGAGGAUUGAAGAGAACUUGCCUGUGGGCUGCGGAUUCUGCCACAUACCAUAUGAUGAACUGAACAUGCCGUUUCCAGCUCACCUCACGUAUUGUUACAACUGCAGGAAACAAAAAGUCCCUGACGUUCUCUUUACAACCAUAGACCUGCCCACUGAUGCAGUGGUCAUUGGAAAAGGUUGUCUUAUUCAGGCAAGGUUAUGUCGCUUAAAAAAGAAAGCCCAGGCAGAAGCCAACGCCACAGCUAUCAGUAAUCUCCUGCCGUUCAUGGAGUAUGAAGUCCACACUCAACUGAUGAACAAGCUCAAACUCAAAGGAAUGAACGCUUUGUUUGGACUGAGAAUUCAGGUCACAGUGGGUGAGAACAUGUUGAUGGGCUUAGCGUCUGCCACAGGGGUCUACUUAGCAGCUUUACCAAUGCCGGGAGGCAUCCAGAUCGCUGGGAAGACCCCCAGUGAUGGCUCCUAUGAGCAGCACAUCUCUCACAUGCAGAAGAAAAUAAACGACACAAUUGCCAAAAACAAAGAACUGUAUGAAAUCAACCCUCCGGAGGUAUCUGAAGAGAUUAUAGGAUCACCCAUCCCAGAACCUAGACAGCGCUCAAGACUUUUAAGAUCGCAAUCAGAAAGUUCUGAUGAAGUUACAGAGUUAGACCUUUCACACGGGAAAAAGGACGCGUUUGUUUUAGAGAUCGACGACACUGAUGCCAUGGAAGACGUGCACUCCCUCCUUACUGAUGUUCCCCCUCCUUCAGGUUUUUAUAGUUGUAAUACAGAAAUUAUGCCUGGCAUAAAUAAUUGGACAUCGGAAAUACAGAUGUUCACAUCGGUAAGAGUGGUCAGACUGAGCAGCCUCAACCUGACUAACCAAGCUCUCAAUAAGAACUUCAAUGGCCUGUGUGAGAACUUGCUCAAGAGCUUGUAUUUCAAACUCCGAUCAAUGACCCCCUGCUGCCUGUGCCAUGUGAACUUUACAGUGUCUCUGCCCGAAGACGAGUUAAUCCAGGUUACAGUCACAGCAGUUGCAAUAACUUUUGAUAAAAACCAGGCCUUACAGACCACAAAAGCCCAUGUUGAAAAGUCACUACAGAGAGCCUCUACAGAUAACGAAGACCUGCUGCAGUUCCCGCUGGAGCUCUGCUCAGACUCCCUGCCUUCCCAUGCUUUCUCAGCCACUAAAGAACACCUGGAGAGUGCGAGUUCUAACUCAGGUACACCAGCUGCACAGAGAGACAGAUGCAGCAGCUGGAUAGAGCUCAUUAAACUGAAAGCUCAGACCAUAAGGCGCGGAUCAAUUAAGACAACUGUGACGGUUGAGAAAGCAAGUCCCAUGGGUGAUGGAAAUUUCCGGAAUCGCUCUGCUCCACCUUGUGCAAGUUCCACAGUCGGGGUUGUUAAGAUGACUCCGCUUUCUUUCAUCCCUGGAGCAAAGAUAACAAAAUAUCUCGGCAUCAUUAACAUGUUUUUUAUUCGAGAAACCACUUCUCUCCGGGAGGAAGGAGGGGUCAGUGGUUUCCUCCAUGCCUUCAUUGCUGAAGUGUUUGCCAUGGUAAGAGCUCACGUGGCCGCACUGGGCGGGAAUGCUGUCGUGUCCUACAUCAUGAAGCAGUGUGUCUUCAUGGAGAAUCCGAGUAAGAACCAGGCGCAGUGUCUCAUAAAUGUCAGUGGUGACGCAGUGGUCUUUGUGCGUGAAUCUGACUUAGAAGUCAUGUCAACUCAGCAGCCUACUGUCAACUGCCAGCCAUCUUGUACUGGAGAAGUUACAACCUGAAGACAGAGGAGCUCAGCUGAAUGAAAUUGAUCUGUCUCCGUUGUUUUCAUCAUCUUCACAAACCAGAAACCUCAGCCUGGGAUAGAUAAGUAAGGAGGAAUGGGUACGAGUUGGUUUGGUUUGUAUGGACCUCUUAGAGACUUAAGAGUUUCUAGACAUUCAUUUGCCCUGUUUACAUAGACAGGUCCCAUGGAAUCUAGCACCUUCAGUUAUGGGAGUUAUUUGUAAUUUAUGUUGAUUUUAAUAAAAUUAUAAUUAAAGAUGAAAUGGGAAGAUUGUCAAGCGGCUAAUAUAAGUAGCUCUGUAACUUAGAAAGCUAAGAGGGAAUCCAGAUUGCUAAUGAGUCUAUGGUUGUUUUGAAAAAAUGGAGGAAACUACUGUGUAUUUUCAGAAACUUGAUAUGUGGGGUUCUCAGUAUCUUUUGCUUGAGAUGAGGAAUUUGUUAGCUGGACAGGUAAUGUGCUUCAGCCAUCUUUUGAAAGGAAGAUUCUACAGUGUGUAUCUGCAGUGUUGCCCGACUGCUCUAAGGAGCUUUCUGGGGAGGCUUUCACAUCAAAGAGGGGAAGACGCCUCACACUGGCUGUCACAUCAGGGAAGGGGGAGAAGACUCCUCAUGACUGGCUGUCACAUCAAGGAGGGAGGGGUACCUCAUGACUGGCGGUUGUUUUGUAUUUAAUUGUCUAGAAGAGGCUUGGCUUCAACUGGGGAGAGACCAUUGUGAAUUGUAUUCAAGUAGUGAAAAUACCGUCGACCUAGGAAGAGCAGGAUUGUUUUCUAAUAAUACUAUGUUGCACUCUUACUAAUCUUAGGGACUUUGGUGAGGUACACUCUUUGGUAUAGAACUUGGAAAUGAGACUUGAAUAUGCUAUAAAGUGUUGAAUGUA